CCUACGGCCACAAACACCGACACGACCACCACCAUUACGACAUUCAUGCUUCAAUAACAACGACUGUGCCCCUAGCGAACAAUGGCACAACCUCUUCCAUCGAAGGAGCAGACGCUCUUCCGACACCUCGUGCAGAACUACGAAUCGAAGCAGUACAAAAAGGGCUUGAAAGCCGCCGAGCAGAUCCUGAAAAAGCACCCGAGCCAUGGUGAUACACAAUCGAUGAAGGCCUUGAUACUCAACAAUCAGGGCAAGUCAGAUGAGGCCUUCGAGCUGUGCAAGCUGGCCCUCAAGAAUGCCAUGCGAUCGCAUAUUUGCUGGCAUGUCUACGGCUUGCUCUGGCGCAGUGUGAAAAACUACGAGGAAGCCAUCAAGGCCUACCGCUUUGCACUGCGACUCGACCCGGACAGCGUGCAGAUCCAACGAGACUUGGCAUUGUUGCAGGUGCAGAUGCGAGACUACCCCGGGUUUGUGCAAAGUCGAAAUCAGAUGCUCCAGUCGAAACCAGCCUUGAGGCAGAACUGGACUGCAUUGGCUGUGGCUUUGCACUUGAAUGGAGAUUUGGACAAGGCUGAAGAUGUUUUGCAAAAGUACGAAGAGACUCUGAAGCAGCCGCCUGCCAAGAACGAUAUGGAACACGCAGAGGCGUUACUGUAUAGGAACACUAUCAUAGCUGAGACGGGCGAUUACAAACGUGCGCUGGAACACCUCGAGUCCAUUCAAAAGAGCGCACUGGACAAGACUGCAGUCAAGGAAGCAAAGGCUGCGUAUCUGCUCAAGCUUGGUCGAAAAGACGACGCCGAGAAGGCGUACCGUGCGCUUCUGCACAGGAAUGUAGAGAAGCGAGCUUACUAUCACGGUCUCGAAGCAGCGCUUGGACUGGAUCGGACAAAGAGCGAAGAUCACGAAAAGCUGCUAGCUGUUUACCAGAGCUUCGCAGACAAGAGCUCGAGGACAGAUGCUGCCCGUCGUAUACCUUUGGACUUUCUGCGCGGGGACGCCUUCCGACAGCAUGCAGAUUCAUACCUGCGCAGAGCACUUGCAAAGGGCGUGCCGAGCACUUUCGCGAACGUAAAGCAGCUAUAUGCUGAUGAGGACAAGCGCCGUACGAUACAGGGUCUCGUAGAGGGAUAUCUCGAAGAAGAGGCACAGGUCAAUGGUGGUGCUGAGGCGCAAGAAGUCAAUGGUACUACCAAUGGCACAGCCAAGCCAGGCUCUGCCCAGCAGUCCGCAACGUGGUCACUCAGCGUGAACUACUUUCUUGCGCAACAUUACAACUACUACCUCUCACGCGAUCUUGACAAGGCACAACAACACAUUGAGAAAGCUAUAUCAUUGAACACUUCGAAGAGUGACUACACCUACCAGAUGACUCGUGCUCGGAUAUUGAAGAAUCAAGGCGAUGUGGGGGCUGCAUCGAAAGCAAUGAAUGCUGCGCGGGAGAUGGACCUUCGAGACAGAUACAUCAACACCAAAUGUGCCAAAUACCAGCUUCGUAACGAUGAGCACCAGGCUGCCAUCGAUACUAUGGGCUUAUUCACACGGAACGAAGCGGUGGGAGGACCCCUAGGCGAUCUUCUGGACAUGCAGUGUGUAUGGUAUAUCACUGAAGAUGGCGAGUCUUAUCUUCGCCAGGGCAAUCUCUCACUAGCGCUCAAGCGCUUCAAGGCUGUCUACGAUAUUUUCGAGGUCUGGACAGAGGACCAGUUCGAUUUCCACACCUUUUCGUUGAGGAGGGGCAUGAUGCGCGCCUAUAUCGAGAUGAUCAGAUGGGAAGACAAGCUACGUGAACACCCAUUUUUCACCCGGGCUGCGUUAUCAGCAAUCAAAAUAUAUUGCAUGCUAUUCGAUCGUCCAGAGCUUGCGCAGGCAAGUCCACAAAGUGAGGCUGAUAAGAAGAAAGCCGCAAAGAAGGCGAGGAAGGAAAGCGAGAAGGCUGAAGCCGACAGGAAAGCAGCAGCUGCAAAGAAGGCCAAUGCUAAAGGAGAUGACGAUGAGGCGGCGCGAAAAGAAGACAAGGACCCACAAGGUCUUGAUCUACUCAAGCAGGCGGGCGAGAAACCGCUCGAGGAGGCAAUGAAAUAUGUGACUCCACUUCUGGAACUGAGUCCACGCAACAUUCAUGCCCAGACUGCGGGCUUUGAGGUCUACAUCAGACGAAAGAAGUAUCUGCCCGCGCUACGUUGUCUGCUCGCGGUUCAGUCAUCCGACUUCGAUGGCACAAGCACUCAGGAAAUGGCCAAUCGUCUCAAGCUUGCGCUGGAAAAAUCGGAAGAGGCUCUCCCCAAAGAUGCGCAGCAGGCAAUAGAAGCUCUGCUAUUGUCGAAGCAGUAAUUUCAAGUCUCGUUCAAGAUGUGUAUACUAGACGCCAGACCCGAACAUGCCGGGAAAAGGUCCAGAAUAUCUGAAACACCGCUAUGGUCGAGUACAGUGUGGUGAAAUCAGCAAAAAGGAGCUUCACCAGGGCGACUGUCCUUGAGACCUCUCCAAAAGAGGGAAGUGUGCCACAUGGGUAUUGAGCAGAGGUCUGCCACAAAGAGACUAAAUAUUUGCAUUGAGUAUUUAGCUCACUCGGUGAGCCGAUUCAUAGUCUAUGCUAAGACUCCAUCGUCAAUGACGCUUCUUGUUGGUCCCCACUGCCAUGUUUCUUGCGCACAAUGAAUGCCCGGCAUUAAAAACUUAUGACAGCUUGUAGCUUAAGGGACUCAAGCGCCCAAGUCCAUCGCCCCGGCAGUCGCAGGACCCUGGCUGAAUAGUCCCUCGAUACUGAAUGGCUCCGCCAAUCGACUCACAACCUGUACUUCGCUCUUGGAUGUUGCAGCUGACGGUUUUGACUGCUGUAGUGCUGGCAAUUUGAGCCUCUGCUCUUGCAGGUCAUUGAGCACAGUCAAGGCCGCGGCGUGCAGGUUCGGCACGCCACCACGACUCAGCCGACCUCGCUUUCUUGCGACAUCGACCAAGAAUCUGGUUGUGACAUCGCUUCCAGCGGUGACAAGUGGGGGUAGCUGAUAAAACUCUAGCAACUGUUGUAUCCCAUCUGGCGUCUUUUGGAGUCGUGCGAGAAGCCUAUUCACGGGCUUCACAGGAUCAUCGAUGACUUGUUGGGGAAGCUUCUUUUUCGCGGACUCCGCUGUGUUGGCUACAGGCUUUGAUGUGACUUCGACCUCAUCUUCUGCAUCGUCUUGAUCAUCAUCGCCGACCCCGUCGUCCUGUCUAGUGUAUGCUUGGGCUCUGUGCGAAGCCGAUGCCACCAGAGCGGCCAUAGGAUUCACAUCCUCCCUAUCAUCCAUUUCGUCGUCGUCGUCGUCGUCGUCAGCGUCGCGUGACUCUUCCAACUCCUCAUCUAUCACGACGCCGGGUGUAGUAUCCUCCGCUCCGCCCUCUCUCUGCGCCUUGGCGACCUGCCGCCUCCGCUCUUUUUCUUCUUCCUUCGUGCGCUUAUUGUCCUCAAUCUCAGCCAAGAUCUUAUCUUUGUAGGGAAACAAAUUGGGGAUGCCCGGAUCCUUCUUCAGUCGGGAGCGCCACUGUGGGUUUUUCUUUGCCUCUUUGCGAUCUUUGCGCUGCUUGUUGGCUGAAUGCUUCUGGAUCUUGUGUCGCAGGCGCACCGACACGCGUUUCGACUGUGGCUUUCCGACUUUCAUGUUGGGCGAGGGUUGAUUUGAACGAG